AUGCGUUUUUCACUACUGGUCCAUACUACAUUCUUCCUCCGGAUAGUACAUGCUUUACUUAUUCCACCCGCAAUCUCAGAAUACGAUUUAGAAGUCUCAAAGACGAUAAGUGAGAAAGAUGCUGUUGCAAUGGAAAGGCGCAUGGUCCAAGUCAACUGCCACACACGUCCCGCCAUGACAAAGUCACAAGAGGAAGAUCAAAGUUCUAAAAUUGCUCUUCACCUCAACUUCACUGUAUUACACGACGACGUUGAUUAUCUCUUGCUCAAUGGACACCAGAUUUAUCCUGUCGAUCUCAAUCCAAUCUUAUCUCAACACUCUAUCAUUGUUCCACAAAUUAAUAGGAUUGAUCAAAGCGCAUGGAAAUUUCAAUCUUCUGGUACACUAGGCAUUAAAAUGAAUCACCAGAAUUUAAAUUCACACAACAAACGCGACCAGCUUAGUCUCGUUAUAAUCAAAAUCAGUAUGCUCCAAGUAUCAAAUGUGGCUGUCGAUAAGAGUCCAGUAAUCCAUAUAGAGCUUAUCAGCACAUCAUCCGGCAAAUUUAUGAUUCAGGACAUCCGCGUCCAUCCUUCCGAAAAAGUGGACACAGCGUCUGGAAAGGAUGUUCAAAGAUGUGCCUCACUCUCCUGCGAAUGGCAAGCCACCGUCGCCAAUUUCAUUACCAGCACCAAGUCAGCAUUAAGAUCGCAUCAUUUCCGACAGUAUUCUCGUCUCAAUAGAAUACGACAGACCCAUAGACAGGGAAAUGACUACAGUUUUCUUAAUGGCAUAUUUUUUCAUGUCAUAGUACCUAUCCUAAUUGGUGGUACAGUUGGUAUCCUAGCCAGUGUUCUUGGGGUAUUCAUAGUUCAGAUGGCAUUAUAUACGUGGAAAAUGCUAUUUAGACGUAAAUCAGACAAAAAUGAUAGAGUUUAUCAACAAGAAAAUUGGGGUAAAUUUGACGAUGUUCAAGACCUUGAGACACAAAGCCUGUUACCCAGUUACACGGAAAUUAUAUAUGAAAAAGAUGAAUCGUGA